AUGGUUGAGGAUACGAAAGAUCUAGGUUUCACCAAGGAGGAGGAACUGCUGCUGCAGGAUUUUAGCCGGAAUGUGAGCACCAAAUCGAACGUGCUGUUUUAUGGCAGUGCAUUCAUCGUUUCGGCGGUGCCUAUCUGGCUGUUCUGGAGGGUGCAUCAGAUGGAACUGCUACCGUCGGUAGUGUUCUUCGUGAUAGUCACCGCACUGUGCACGUACCUGUUGGCUAUGGCUUACCGUAACACGAAGUUCACGAUGAAGCACAAGAUUGCGAUCAAGCGCGAGGAUGCGGUAGCCCGCGAGAUGACCGCACAGCUGGCCGACGACAAGAAGAUGAGCCGCAAGGAGAAGGAUGAACGUGUGCUGUGGAAGAAGAUCGACGUAGCGGAAUACGAGGCGACCACUUUCUCGAUCUUCUACAACAACGCUCUCUUCCUGGCCGUGGUCAUUUUCGCCAGCUUCUACCUGCUGCGAUCGUUCACACCGACCUUCAACUACAUCUUCUCCAUGGUCGGUGCCGGUGGACUGUUGGCCCUGCUGUCGACUGGAAAAUCGACGUAAAUAGGAUCGUAACAGCGCCGUAGGGAUUCUGCAC